AUGAUUUCAGAAAUUAAAACACCUAAAAAUCCAACUCUUUUUAUAACUGAAUAGGAUGAAAAAGAAAAGCCUUUUUAAAAAUACAAAGGCAGUGGUCAUCAUUUUUUUUCAGAUUCAUUUAAGAGUCCAUCAACAAAAUAGGAAAGAAAAUAUUUAUAUGCAAGAAGAUUCUUAAAUGCAUUAAAAAAUAGAGUGGAGGAGAAAUGUUAAAUAUCGAAUGAUUUAAUAGAUUUUGUAGGAGAUAAAGCGUCACAGAAGCAAAAGAAUGGGUUUAAUUUAAACAUAAAGUUGCUUUCAACCCAUUUGGAAAUGGAAAUAAAAUUAAAGUUUAAAGAGAAGAUGAAAAAGUUAAUAGCUUCAUCUUUUGGUACAUUCAUAUUAUGGACAAAACGAAUCUAAUUAUUUAAGCCAGAAUCUCCUGUAAAAGUGAUUUGGGAUUUCGCAUCAUUAAUAUCUCGUUUGUACUUUUUAUUUUUAAUACCUCUUGAUGUAGUAUGGAAUAAGUAUUCAUUUAUGUUUGAUAUGUACAAUAUUUAGUCAUUUGUAUUUCUGUUGAUUCUAUUAGGAGAUUUAUUAGUUGGACUAAAUACAUCAUAUUAUACAGAAGGAAUUUUGGUAACUGAUCGAAAAAAAAUAGUAAAGCAUAACUUUUUGAAAUGUUAUGGAUUAGAAUGGAUGUCUACAAUAUAAAUAAUGAUAUAUUUUAUUUUGACAUAGAAUGAUGAUAUACAGAGUAAAAUAAAAGAUUAUAGAAUAAAUGUAACAUUGGUAACAUUUUUGGUUCAUUACAGUACUAUAUAAGAAUGUUUGGUAUAUUAUGAAGAAGGUUUAAAUCUGAAUAAGAAAGCAUCAUCUAUUUUAGAAUUGAUAAAAUUGAUAGGGACACUCUUUUUUAUAGUACAUUUUUUUUCUUGUUUUUGGUUUUAUGUAAUAAUUAGUAAAUUUAUAAAAUAUAGAUUGGAGAAUAUAGUCAUAGAGUAGAUGGUAUGAGUUGGAUGGAGAAGAUAGUCGAUGAGAAUUGGACAGUUUAAUAUGUGCAUUCGAUGUAUUUUUCAGCUGUUACAAUUUUUACAGUUGGAUAUGGUGAUGUUACCCCAUAGAGUAAUAUAGAGAAAAUUGUUUGUUGUUUAUUUAUUGUUUGUGCAAGUCUUCAACUUCCAUAUAGUAUUAAUACAGUUGGAAUGAUUGUGUAAUAGAUUACUGAAUAUGGAGAAGAUAAGAAAAAAAAGUUAAGAAUUAUAAACUAAUUUAUGCAAAAGAAAUAAAUACCUUUUGAUUUAUAAAGUGAAAUACGAUAAUAUUUGAAUUACUUUUGGCAAUUGAAUAAAGAAUAAGAUGCUUAAGAUGUUAAUGUUAUAAUAAAUUAAUUAUCUGAAUCAUUAAGAAAGAAAUUAGUCUAAGAAUCAAAUGCUAUAAUUUUGAAUCAAUGUGCAUUAUUUAGAUACAAAUUUACAUCAGCUUUUAAGGCUGAGUUGAUAAAGACUCUGAAAAGGAAGAUUUUACCUCCUGAAACUUUGGUAGCUUAGAAAAAUUAAUUGGUAUACAUAGAGUAAGGGAGAAUAGAUUUAUAUGGAGAUAAGAAAUGUAAUUUAAGACUGAGUUCUUUUUCAAAAGGAUCAACAUUAGGAUUAAUACCAUUUUUAUUAGGAUAUGAGAAGUCAGAGACAUUCAAAACAUAAGGGUUUUCGUUGAUUAUGACUUUAUCUUAAAAGAAAUUCUUGGAAAUAUUAUAGAAAUAUCCUGCUGAUUAUGAGAUAUAUUGUUAAAUAAAGGAUUAUUUGAUAUUUAAUGGUAGUGAAACUAGUAUAUUUCCUAGAAGAUGUUAUGUGUGUAAAAAGAAUUAGCAUUAUUCACAAGAUUGUCCUUUGGUUCAUUAUGUACCAGACAAAGAAAAAUUAAUUAAAUAAUUUACAAUUGAUAAAUUGUAAAAUAGAGUAUUCAUUUAAAGAAAAUAAAAAAAGGGUAGCAUGAAAAAGAAUAAAGAAUGUUUAGAGAAAAAUGCAUUUAUUAUUUAAUAAUAGAAUGGUGAUAUUACACGAAUGUAUGAUCUUCCUGAUAGAAUAGAUGAUCAUGUUAGAAUCAAUAGUUUGGAUAGUUAUAAAAAUAUCAAAAAAGGAUUAAAUAGUAAUAAAAUGAUGAAGAUGAAAUUCUAGAAGUUGGUUCGUAAAGUAGUAUUAAUUAAUAAAUCUUAUCCUCAUUUCAUUAUAAACAUUUGCUAAUCAUUUAGAGCUUCGACAAACUAUUUCAGUACAAUUUCUUAAUUGAGAUAUUUGUAAAUAAGAUAUGACUAUUUAAAAUAAAUAGGAGGAAUUGAUCUUAAAUUAUUAGAAACUAUUGAUUUCUAUAUUAAGAAGAAUCUAGAAACUCCAUUCAUAACAAAAUUAGAAUUUGAUUAACCUAAAAAUUUUAUACAUUACAACCCUAAAUUUAAUUUUGAAAAUGUUAAAGUUAAUUUAGAUAAAAAUAAAAUGAGAAUCAUGACUUAGUUUUUAUAUUAUGUUUUUUAUCCUGCUCAAAUAAUUAGAUAAGUUAGAGCAACUAAAUGUACAAUUGACUUAAUUACAUACAAAAGAAGAAAUAAUGUUAUAAAAAAAUGA